AUGAGGAUCAGAUUCAGUCCGGAAUUUAAAGACGUCUCGAGAGGAGACAACCCUAAGAAUGACAUAUGUCAAAAUGUUACUGGAUUUUUCUGUGAACACACUCUGAACGGAGAUCAUUCGGACGCGCAUCAAAGCACCUUUUCCCACAGCAGUAAAGAGGGUUCUCCAUCCAAGGAAAUUUCCACCGAGGACUCGCCUAAAAAGGACAAAAAGAAGAAGAAGGGCUUGAGAACCCCUUCCUUCCUCAAGAAGAAGAAAGAGAAGAAGAAGGAGAAGUCCAGCACGCCGCAACCAGCUUAG